AUGUCUGAACCUCCCGUUGACCCGGCCCAAGCUGAGGGUUCUGCCCCUCCAGCCGAGGGUGAAGCUCCCGCCCAGUCUAAGAAGGGCGCAAAGAAGGCCGAAGCAAAGGCUAAGAAGGAAGCCGAAAAGGCGCGCAAGGCUGCUGAGAGAGAAGCUGCUGCUGCCGCUCAAAAAGCUGCUUCUGGUGGAAACGAGGAUCUCGCCAAGGAUAACUAUGGCGAUAUUACUCCCACAACCAGAGUUGCUGCAGACAAAGUACAACUCAAACAUUUAGGAGACGAGCAUAUUGGAAAAUCUGUUAAACUACGAGCAUGGAUUCAAAAUUCUCGUAUGCAAGGCGCAAAGAUGGCUUUCGUCGAGCUGCGAGAAGAGCGCAACUGGUCUAUACAAGGUGUCAUAUCUGCCAGCGCCGAGGGCAAGCUAGUCAGCAAGCAGAUGGCUAAAUGGGUUGGUGGCGUACGAUUAGAGAGUUUUGUGUUAGUCGAGGCCACCGUUCAGAAGCCUCUAGAGCCUGUCAAGAGUUGUCGUGUUAGCGACUACGAGUUACACUUAACAAAGGUCUAUUUGAUCGCCUCUGGUCCCGAGGUCCUUCCCCUAGGUCUUAAUGCCGCGAACAGGGCUAUUUCCAGCUUCGACGAUGAGGACCCCUCAGCACCUGCCCCAGCACCGACCGAGGGUGUCGAGAACCUGAGCAUUGCAGAAUCUGCUGCCGCGCCGUCUGCGAGCUUGUCUACGCACUUGAACAACCCGGCUCUGCACAAGCGAGCACCCGUACAGCAAGCUAUCGCUGAUGUUCGAAUGACGGUGCGAAAGCUGUUUAGCGAAUAUCUCGAGUCUAAAGAUUUCGUCCAGUUCGAGCCCCCUUGCCUAAUUGGUGCCGCUUCCGAAGGUGGCGCAAACGUCUUUUCGCUACCGUACUUCGAGAAGCAGGCUUUCCUUGCGCAAUCGCCUCAGUUUUAUAAGCAAAUUGAAAUUGCUGGUGGUCGAAAGCGCGUCUACUGUAUCGGACCAGUAUUCAGAGCAGAGAACAGUAACACUCCCCGACAUAUGACUGAGUUCACUGGUCUCGAUCUGGAGAUGGAAAUUGAGGACCAUUACCACGAGGUCCGCGACAUGAUCGAAGGCGUCAUGCUCUACAUCUUCCGAGGCCUCCAGGAGCGAUGCAAGGAGCAAAUCGAGCUCGUCCGAGCUAUUUACCCAUCAGACGAGUUUUUACUACCGGAAAAUGGCAAGGAAGUGCGACUCACGUUUGCCGAGGGCCAGAAGCUACUACGCGAGGAAGGACCUGAGGAAUUCCGCAACGUCUCAGACGAUGAAGACAUGAGCACUCCGCAAGAAAAGGCGCUAGGAGCCUUGGUACGCAAGAAGUUUGGCACCGACUUCUACGUGCUCGACAAGUUCCCCGAGGGUGCACGUCCCUUCUACACUAUCGAGGAUCCCGAGAACCCGAAGGUCACCAACGCGUACGAUUUCUUCAUGCGCGGCCAGGAGAUUCUGUCCGGCGGCCAGCGUAUCCACAUCCCCGAGCUGCUCGAAGCUCGUCUACGCAAGAAGGGCAUCGACCCCACGAGUCCCGGUAUCAAGGACUACGUCGACGUGUUCAGGUCAGCCGGUGUGCCGCCUCAUGGCGGUGGAGGCAUUGGUCUCGACCGUGUGGUCGCGUGGUACUUGAACUUACCCAGUGUGCAUCUGGCAAGCUAUUACCCCCGCACACCUAAGAGGCUCACCCCGUAA